AUGUUCCUCCAAGCGCUAGCAACAUUGAGUGCGAUCCUGCUUUCCUACCGCGUCCUUGCACUCAUUCGAAAUUAUUUGGAGGCCCGCCGCCUCGGCUUGCCUAUCAUUGUCGUCCCUCUCUGCUGGCAAGAUACUCUCUGGGCACUAUUUGGUGGACAAUUCGAGAUUAUCGAACGUUUGCCCUUCGGCUUAGGAUCAUGGUACAAGUACAGCUUACUUGGCUGGAACGUCAAAGAUUGUGCAUUCACGAUUGUUAGUCCUCUUCGCAACGAGGUGGUCAUAUCCGAUACUACCAAUAUUCGCGAAGUUUUGGGCCGUUACAGGCGAUGGGAGAAGCCCAAGGAGCUGUACGGGCUCUUUGCUGCUCUCGGACCGAGCGUAAGCUCGGUUAGCGGGGAGGAAUGGCCAAGACAUAGGAAAGUCAUGAAUGUAGCAUUUCAAGAGAAGCACAUGCAUCUUGUGUGGAAGAGUGCAAGAAAACAAGCUGGGCAGUGGUUACGGCAGGUACAAGGUCAAGAGCGUGACCUAAAAGAGCUAGCCGAAGACUGCAACAAUCUCAGUGGAAACGUAUUGAUGUAUGCGGCUUUUGGUCAAGACCGUGAGUUUGGAGAAAGCCGUGCAGAGGACGUGCAAGAAAAUCGUAUCAAGAGCUUUUAUGAAACGAUGCAGUACAUGUUGAGGAAUAUGCCUAUACUGUGGUUGAUGACAAAGCUGAGACUACCUCGCACCUUCGAGCCAAAAAAGUUUACAGAAUUCAGGCAAGCAAAAGAGACUUUGCUCCUCCAUCUUGAAGAGAGACUGCAGACCAAGGACAGCGACUUUUUGACAUCUCUGGUCAACGCGAGUGACAGUGAGAAGCUCGCUGGACGAGGCAUCUUGACUAAGACCGAGUUGUAUGGUAAUCUAUUCAUGAUUCAGGUGGCAGGACAAGAUACGACAAGUCACGCCAUGCAGACAGCUAUAGCGCUGCUUGCGGCGAACCCGGACAUACAAGAGUGGGCCAGGCAGGAGGCGAGCACAUACGAAGACUUCGAGAAACCAGUGAGACUACAAGCUGUCAUGUAUGAGACCUUACGCCUAUAUGGCGGAGCUCCGAACAUGACUCGGAUUUCGCUCAAUCGAGAGCGCAUGACAAUCAACGGCAAGGAUAUUGUGAUCCCUGCUAACACUUUUGUGUCGGCGAAUCUGUCUGCUCAGAGCUAUGAUCCAGCCUUAUGGAUAGGAGCCUCGGAAUGGAGGCCACAGCGCUGGAUGGAGUCUGUGGAUAAUGUCGAAGCGAUCAAAAAAGACAUGCCAGAACUAAUGGCAUGGAGUACUGGACCUCGAAACUGUCCAGGAAAGAAGUUCAGCCAAGUCGAAUUUACUGCUGCCAUAAGCAAACUAUUGGUGGAGUGCCAAAUCAGAGGAAGUCCAGGUCUGCAAGAAGCGCUCAAUACUUUCGACAAUAGAGCUACCUCACGACCGAGCACACAAGAAAUUGCACCAAUCACUUUUGUGAGGCGACAACCUUAA